GUUGCAGCCGAGUGAUCCAUCUUCUCGGCACUAAAGAAGGUCCGGGUUAGGCCACGCCCCCUGGUUGCUACCUGUAGAAAAAUGUAACAGGUGAACUCCCAGCUCCCACCCGGACCACCGCUGAAGACACGAUGAGUCUGCCGGACUACAAAUCAACAGAAAAACCGCCUUCGUCCGCGGCUCCGAACUUUCAUGUUGUGCAGUUAAAUGUCGGGGGUCACCUGUACACCACCACUCUGAGCACGCUCAGGAAGCACUCCGACUCCAAGCUGGCGGAGAUCUUCAGCGGACCGCCCAAACUGCGUACUGACACACAGGGACGCUACUUCAUUGACCGCGAUGGGUCACACUUUGGAGCCAUCCUGGAGUUCCUGAGAUCAGAACAGCUGCCCAAGGAGAACAUCCAGGAGGUUCAUAAGGAGGCGAUCCACUACAACAUCAAACCGCUGAUCAAACUCUUGGAGGAGACUCCUCGGCUGUUUGGAGAGCUGGUGGGAAGGCAGCAGUUCCUCUCCCGAGUCCCACACUACAAGGAAAACAUCGAGGUUCUGAUUCGUAUCGCCAGGGCCGAGGCCAUCGCCGCACGCCACUCCUACAUCAUCAUCUGCGUGCUGAGGACGGAGGAGGAUUUGGGCUUCUAUGAUAAUGCCAUUAACAGCUUGGAGGCGGCUAAGGAGUCGGUGGUGACGUUCGGGCCGUGGAAGGCCGCCCCGUUGGUCAAAGAUCUGCUGGACUGUGUAAAGAUGGACAUCGAGAACCAGGGCUACAGGGUGAGCAUCCAGCCUCACGCCGUGGAGAAGAGCUUCCUGUCCAGGAGCUAUGACUACUUUUAUCAACUCACAUUCACCUGGUGGUGAUGAGACGGCUGAACAAAACUUGAAACCGUGCAUACUCUUUCUUUAAAAAAAUUACAGACUGCACUUUGUUAUGUUUUUGUUAUAGAGCCACACUAAAACAAAGGCUCAGUAAAGCAUCGGUCUAUCAUUAAUUUCAAAGGUACUGACUUCCUGAAAGAUGGAAAAAAAAAAAAAAGAGGGCUUGUAGCUUCUGCUUGUGAUGAGUGAAGUGCAUCUUUCCUAGUAGCCAGCAGGGGGCGACUUCUCAGGUUUCAGAAGUCCAGCUGCCCUCAGGGGACACUUUAGUGAUGAGUUUGGGGUCUUACUCUCUAGCUUUCAGUCUUGUUUACUAGGACAUGAUGAUAUGUUUUAAUCAUUGUCUCUGUUAGUGUCCAGAAGGACUUCAGGCUGGGGCAGCCUUGUGAUUUUCAUCUGCCUGUCUGUGUUUGUCAGUCAGAGCUACGCCUCACCGUUUUUUCCUUUUCAAACUUGAUAUUUUUAUUUAAACAAUAAAUGUUCAGCUCAAGGCUUCACAGCAGGACCUGAAUAAUCAGUGUGUGAUGUUGCAUUAUGGCUAUGUUAAUGUUUUAUGUACAGUCUGUGGGUUUAAGCGCCUGUUGCCAAGCAAAGAUUUCUAUCUUUUAAUUCAUUUCAGAUGCUUAUAAAUAUAAAUGUUGGUUCAUAUUCAGUGCUGUGUUGAACAAACACUAACUACUCUAUUAUUAAAUCUUCUUGUCCACCCGCA